AUGCCGCGGCGCCUGAGAGAUGAAUGGGAUAUCCAGCAGAAUCACUACGGGAUACCCCGGCUAGAAACACCGCAGAUGAAAUCUCGUUCGCCCGAGGCGGAAAUCAGCGCGUCCGACGGUCCAGUCGGAGAAAACGAAGAGUCUCACAGCGACGACGAAACCCAAGUCCGCAAAACGUCCACCAGCUCUACCAAGUCCAACAAGAUCCCUGUGAGGCGGACGUCUGAAACCAAGGUCGUCCGCAAGGUGUCCGACGCUGACCGGAAAUCCCCGACGUCACAGAGCCGCAAAGCGUCUGUCCAAGAGCGGAAGGCCUCGGGGAUCCCGAUGCGAAAGACGUCGGAUCGCACCAGCCCGACUUCCGACAAAAAGCGGAAGACGUCCGACUCCAAGAGGAAGGCUUCCGGGGAAAUGAAGAAGCAGCAGAGUGUGGAGGAAGACGCCGAGGUGUCCACGUUGUUGCAGGCGCCGGAAGUCGUCCGCAAGACCGCCUCGUCCAGCACCACCUCCGAAACGUCGUCGGCCGUCAAGGUGUCCAGCAGCACCACUCACAGCGUGGUGCACACUGGCGGCAUUUCCUCGAAAACCACGACGACCACGACCACCGUGGCGCAUCAAGAGGUCCUGGUCAACAAGCCCACGACUCUCCGCUUAGAAACCGAGGGCACGGAAAUGAAGAAACUGGCUUCCUCGGGAAGUAAGAUUGAUGAGAUGACCAAGACCAGAGACGUGUCGGAGCCGCAAGGACCUUCAGCCUUUGACGAGGAAGUUGAUGAAAGGAUGAGAUCGGCUGAGGAGUCGAUGGGUUUCGAGGAAAUCGCCAACAGCAGAGCUGCAGCUUUCAUUGAGAAUUUUGAAAGAAGGCAGCAGCAAGUUAUCAACCAGGCUUUCGGGCAAGUGGCUUUCCCUUGGCAUGUGGAGGAAGAAAAGGAGUCGUCAGUGACGAUCACGGAAUUGACUGACGAUGAAGUCGCAGACCUGGAAACAGUUUCCAGCAACAUUCAAACCAGGGACUUGAUUGCCGAAAUCCGCAGGAGCUCUUACACCAGUUUGGACGAGGAUGGACCAGUUCUCAGGAGAUCUGUCCGCCUGCCCAAGCCCGACAAACGACCGGAUGCCAUGGACAUUGUGACUCUGUGGACCAACUACAAAGUCAGGGUCGAGGACAUUGUGGACAUGUGGAAGAGGAACGAAGUGGAGUUGAGUGAAAUCAUCACUUUGAUCAACAGGAAGCUCAUUAUCGUGGAGGAGAUCGAAGAACUGUCCAUCUUGGAGAAACUGUUGGAUGAGAUAUCUGGUUACGAAACCAGGAGGCAAAUCAGGGCGCAAAUGAGGGUCUUGCGCAAGAAUUCGCCCGUUUCCACCCCAAUGGCUGCCACCAAGACCUUUGAAGUGGAGUCCAAGACUUGCGUGGCAAAAGAACGAGCACCCGAGGAACCCGAACCAGUGGCCUUCGCGACUGAAAAGUCCGAGGUGAAGGCAGCAGAAGAAACUGCGGACUUGCACCCAACACUCACCAGGAAGGUCAGCACGAAAGCAGAAACAGAAGAGACCGACAAUAAGAAAGCGAAACCGACCCAGGAAACCCAGGACCCGCAGCCCAGUCCCACCAGGAAAUUCAGCGCCAAAGCAGAAACAUCAGAGGAGACCACCACCACCAAGAAGAAAAAUAAGACCGUUGUUGAAGAAACCCUCAUCACGGAUCUGCACCCAACACCUGCCAGGAAGAUCAGCACCAGAGCAGAACCCGAAGAGAAAAAGAAAGAAGACAAGUUCCAGCAAAGCCCCACCAGUGCCUUUGACAAGGUCCGACCCAAGGUUGCUGAGGAAGCAGAAACCUCCAAGAUUUCUGCCAUCAGAAGCAGGUUUGAGGCAGGCAAUGUGACCCAGAGCCAGGUCAAGAAAGAAACUAAAGAAGCUCCGAAAAAGUUGAAGCCCAUGCAGAAACCUGAGGAAGUAGAAUUUAAGCCUACCAAGAAACCAGAGAAGUUACAUCUGGAAAGAGACAAUGCGCAGAAAAAGGAAAGAGAGGCCUUGCAAAAACAAGAAAGAGAGGCCUUGGAAAAACAGGAAAGAGAGUCUUUGCAGAAGCUGGAGGAAAAGAAGGCAGAAGAGAAGGUGGAACACAUCGAUGAGGCCACGACUUUGCAGGAGGCUGAAGAGGUUCUAGAAAUCCAGAUCCUGCAGAAGUCUGAGGAGGCUGAAGUGAAGUCUGUGAAGGCCUUUGAAGAAGCUGUAGAAGUAAAGGUUGAACAGAAGCCUGAAGAGGUGAUGGAGCUCCCUGAAGAGGACUUCCAACAGACUGGAAGUGAGUGUGAGUCUCCUGAUGAGGAUCUGGAGGAAAUGGAGAGGCCAAAGGCUCCAGAACCCCCAGCUUUACUGGAAGACUUGGCUGCUGGUGAAAAUGCUGAACCUGUGGUUCAGUCUGUUUCUAAACUGAUUUCCAGAUUUGAGGCCCCACCUUCUGCGUCUCAUUCAAAGAGCAUUCAAAUCGAAUUGGAGAGGACAGAAACUCCAAUCCUUCCGGAAGCUGAAGAGAACCUGCCAAUAGAACGCCCUGAGAACACAGACAUAAUCACUUUCUGGGACAUGUACGAAGUCACUGCUUCAGACAUUGUCACCAUGUGGGUCUACAAUGAAGUGUCCCUCGAAGAAGUGGUCACGUUGAUCAUCAAGAAGAAGAUUUGCGUCACAGAGAUUUCCGACGCUGUCAUCCUCGAAAAAAUGUUGGAAGUGAUCGAAGACACUGAUCUGCAACGUCUAGUGAAAAAUCGGCUGGAAAGUUUGCAAGUCGUCAAGCCUGACGAGCAGUUGCUGGAAAUGAAGCAGGAAGUCAAGGUGACCUGCUCAGACAUUAAACUCUCCGAACAGGAAGAAGAAGAGGUUGUCAGUGAAUGGCUGUCGCAGAAUUUCACUGCUGUCGACUUGCUGUCGUUCUGGGCAUCCAGGCAGAUUGGGAUUCAAGAAGUCCUGGUCCUGGUUGUGCACAAAUUGAUCAGGAUUGAUGAAAUCACCGAUAUUUCACUCCUGGAGGAACUGUUGGAAGUGGUGAAGAACUACGAUUUGAGGAGCAGAUUGCGAUCGCAGGUGAGGAACACCAAGAAGAACUUGAGCACCGAGAAGGGCAAAAAGAAACCGGAAGCGAAACCGGAAAUGGACAAGAAAACCAAAAGGAAGCCUAAAGCUUCGAAACCUGCGGCGAAACCCGAAGAAGCGAAACUUCCCGAGGAAAAUGAAAAACCUGCGGAAAAACCUGAACCUGCGAAGCCUGAGCCUUCGAAAAUUGACAAGUACUUGGACACUGUGAAGAGCGCGGGACUGGAGGCGCUGACCUCAGUCCUGAGCACGAUUGAGAAGGAGCCAGCACCAGUGCCAGCACCAGCACCAGCACCAACACCAGCACCAGCUGCCGAAGUCAGCAAGCCCAAGCCCGAGGCCAAAAGCAAGGCCAAGACCCGGAAACCCGCCACGACUGUGUCUCCCUCCAAGCCCGUGGUGGUGGUGGUGGUGGACAAGAAGCCGGUGAGCAAGUCCAAGUCUUCGUCCCUGGGCACCACUAAGCCCAAGACACCGGCCAAGAAGGCCGUGUCUUGUUCGGGGCGCAUGUACAGUCCGAGCCGGACGGAGGAGCGAGCAGCCCUGCGACCCUGCAGCUGUCGCGGCCACGAUGUGGACAAGGCCGACGGGUCCGGGUCCGACGCUUCAGUUGCUGGCCGCAGGAACAGUGCGGGCAAGGUCGUCUGCGAGAGGCACCCGCACGCGCACAUCACCAACAGUAAGGAGGCCAAAAAAUCUCCUGGAAAGUCCAAUGAAAACGUGGAGAACAUCGAGCCUGCGACUGAAAUCUCUUCCUCCAAAGUGGAGAGAGUUUCCAGGAGAACCGAGCGGAUUAGCACUGUCAAGCAAGAAAUCGUUCCUAGAUACAUGCAACCCCAGAAGCGGGACUCGAAACCGACUACCCCCACGUCUCCGUCGACGGUGUCACCCAUGGCCAAGUUGGCGAAACCAGUCGUCAAGAAACCCGUGGUACCAAAAGCUAGCCCUGUGGCAAAGACACCAGUUGUUAAGGUGACCAAGAAGAAAACCGCUAGCCCCGAGAAAAAGCGGGCUACUCCUUCCCCGACGCAAACGACACCUGUGGUUGCUGCUCCGAAGCUCAAGACCUUCGUAGUUCCUGGUGACCCAGAGGAGUCGCCCAUUGUAGCCAGCUUCGUCAGGAGGGAAUUCGCGGCUGAUGACAUCGUUGUCUUGUUUUCCAUGAAGCAGAUAACUAUUGAAGAGAUCAUCACCUUAGUCUUGUACAGGAUUGUGGCCAUUGAGGAGAUCUUUGACCUGGUGAUCCUCGAGGAAAUGCUCAAGUUCGAUUGGGAAGCCGACAUCAGGAAGUCCAUUGUGUCCCAAGCAGACUUCGUGAAGAAUCAGACUCCUUUGAAAGAAGUUCCCGAGGAAGAAGAAAUCAAACCCGAACCGGAAGCCGAGAAGCCAUCGUCGAAGCCGGAAAUGGACGUGAGCGUGCCAAUUGCCGUGAGAUCGGCGAAGACGUUUUUCGAGAAAACCGCCGAGGAAUCCCAGAGGACUGUGACGUCGGUGGAGAAGCACGGGCCCGUGCAAACUUCUGCCAGGAAGCCCGUGUCUCAAAAGGCGAGUUUGUUCCAGAAGCUCAUCAACGAGCCCCUGGACUCGAAGGCACCUGCAAACGCCCACUUGCCGGAAGUGGAGCAGCCUCAGCAGCAGCAGCAACAGCAGCAGCCUGCCCUUGUUGUUGUUGUCGAAGCCGCGAAGCCGGUUAUUGAGCCAGUUAUUGAGCAGGUUAUUGAGGCUGUGGUGCCUGAAACAGUUCCCGAGGUCAUCCUGGACGAUGCAGAACAGCCAUCUUUGGAGAGGCGGAACAGUAAACGACUUCCGGAGGAUAUUUGGCCACCCAAGAAGAGAGGAAGUGUUGUGAAGGACGAGAUUGUUUUGCCGGGCAGGAGAGGGUCUAGGCAGUUGGCAACCCCUGAGAAACAAGAGACUGAGAUGGAAAUGGUUGCUGUGGUGCCUGCUGGUCCUUCAGUGGUUACAGGGACUUCAGUAGUGACUGAAUGGACUCUAGGAAAACUGAAUGUCCAGGCAGUUGUAGAAUUGUUGCUGACUGGCUCUGUGACUGUCACAGAGCUCAGGAACGUCUCUCUCUUGGAGGAACUCAAAUCUGGAUUGCCAAUUGAGGAAUCUGAGUUGAGAUUGGAGAUCCGCUCUUUGAUCAGAGAGCUUCAGAGGAAGCAGGAAACGCGAGAGAAACCUGUUGAACCUCGACACAUUGAGGCCGUUGCUAUCAGCAGUGUUUCGACGCAGGCAGAAAAGCGGAAGGAGUCUGUUGGGAAACUCGGUGAGAACAGGCUGACCAGGCCGAGGAGCAAUGAGAACCUGAACAAGGUGCACUUGAGGGUGAUGGAGGCCCAGCAGGCCAACAGGUCCAGCAGCUUCCGGACAGCUGAUGGCAGGGAUUCUGCGCACAUCCGGCGCUAUGAUGACGUGCCAUCUGGCAGCAAAGUCCUCAUGCUCACCAGACGUUUUGAAAGUGGUGAAAUCACCUCAGCUGCGCCAAAGGUCUCCAAGCCUCAGCUGAACUUCGCCAUCAAGUCCACCACGAUUGCGCAGAACUUCGAGAAAGCAGAACCCUCUCAGGUCGUUCGCCAAGUGUCCGUGAAAAAGGCCGAGGAGCCUGCAGUUCCUCCGUCGCCGGAAGUGAAGCCCGUUGAGGAGCGACCCUCGGCCAAACGGAAGUUGAGUCGAGAGGCCAAGCCCGUCGACCGGAAACUGAGCCAGGAAGUGAAGCCCAAGUCGGAGCGGAAGUCGAGUCUCGGCCGCGCGAGAGCAGAGCGGAAAGUCAGUGAGGACAAUAAUAACAAGUCCUCCGUGAUGGUGGACCAUCCCAAGACCCAUCAUGCCGAGGAAGCGGUGAAACCAAGGGUGGAGAGGACCCUGAGUUCGGAAGUGAAGCCCAAUAAGUUGGAGCGGAAGCUGAGUGACGACGUGUUGAAGCCCAAGCUGGAGCGCAAGACGAGUCAGGACCCGAAACUGCCCAAAGUGCCCGAGGACUCGAACCAGACCCGAGUCCCCUACAUUCGCACCAUCAGCGGCGGCACUUCCGAGAAGAUCAAGAUGUUUGAGCACAAGAUCAAUGAGAGCCCCGAGGAGGCCCAAGAGAGACGGGCUUCCAUCAGGAGGAGGAACACCUCCACUGAGUCUGAAUUGCUGGAGAUUCGCAGAAGAUCCGGGGAUUUGGGCAGCAGGCGCACUGAAAGCAUGCGAGUGUCCAGCAGGUCUUCUCACCACUCAAUUGAUGCAGAUGACCUCACCCACCUAUCAAGGGGUCGAAAGCAGUCAGACGAACUCAGUGCAGCCAGAUGGACAGAGCAGAAGCUGACGGACAUUGCCCACAUAGACUCCAUGUCUGAUGGCACCACUGAGGAAAUCCACAACAUCCUCCAGAGUGCCGAGGACCAUCAAUCUUUCAGAACCAACCACAUUUCCACCAGAAGGAGCAGCAAAGAUGAUGACACAAAGUCAGUGACACCUAGUAGUGUGAAGAAGAUGGAGACUGAGGAACAAGUCAAAAUGAGCAUUAGACUCGCCAAGAAGAGGAACAGUGAUGCAGCUGCCAGUGCCAAAAGAAUCAUAGAUGUCACUCGUCCAGCUGAUGGCGUUGACGCAGGCUUGAUGGAUGCUGUUGGGCCAACUGACGAAUCUGGAAAGCCACUGUUUGGCCUUGCUGCCCUGCGUGCUUUGAAGAAGCAAGCUGCUGGGGAGCAGAAAAAUGUCAAAGAAGAGCCCAGGAAGGUAUCCGGUGAAUUUCGUUCUCAGCAAGGCUUGGCUGCGUUGAGGAGAAAGUUGAGGGAUGAGGAAGAUGAUGACGUGUCGGUGUCGAGGAUCGUGUCGACGUCGAGCGAGCAGAGAUCGUUUCUGAGUGACCACAGGCCUGUGACAGGAAUCCAAGACGCUGUUUCCAGAAUGGGAGCAGAAACCGGAGGCGAAAAAGGAUCAGAGGCCGAAGCAAGGUCUUUGCUGAACAAGUUCCUGGGAGCCCAGGUUCUGGUGAACGCCAUCGACCCGCUGAUGAACGCCGAAAAGCAAAAAUCGUCGAAAGCGGCUUCGAAGCGUCGCGGGAAAGAGUUGGACUUUGUCACUUGGUUUUUUAUGGGUUUCCCCCCAGUCAUCAGCGACGAGUUGCUGCCGUUAUUCACUGCACUGUGCAAAGGAGCACGUUGUAUGGAAAAAGGUCGUUGA